AUGCUCAAGUCAACUUAUGCUGCUCCUCCCCCGCUACCUGCAGGAUGGACAGAGCAUCGUGCCCCUACAGGCCAUCUUUACUACUAUAACUCCUCUACUAAGCAAUCAACAUAUACUCGCCCACAAGAACCUGCCCCAGCGCCUGUCCCAACUGCCCCGGCAAUCUCACAAGAAACUUAUACACCCGAAACACUACCUCCAUUUUCUUCGACACCCUAUGGACCGGCUGGUUAUGCCCCUGGGUCAGCGCAAUUUGACCCGUCGCAAAGCGGUCGUGGAAGAGGGGGAUUCCGUGGUGGGAAAGGCUACCAGGACAAGGGACGGAGAGGACCUGAAGACCGACCGAAGGCAAAGCAUGCCAUCCCAAAUUGCGCUCCUUGGCUAUUGAUUCGGACCAAGCUUGGAAGGAGAUUUGUUCACAACCCAGAGACAAAUGAAAGUUUCUGGAAGUUCCCAGAGGAUGUUUUGAAGGGUGUCACUGAAUUUGAUCGCCUCGAACGUGAGAAGAAGGAAAGAAAAGAACGGGGCGAGCCCGAAGAACCACCAAGAGAGCAAUCGCCCAAACCACAGACUGCUCCCGCGGACACAGGUGCGACAGCGGUCCAAGCCGAAGAGCCCAAGGAAAGAGGUUAUGACGACGAUGAAUAUGAAGAGGUCGAAGUCACCGACAGCGAAGGAGAAGAGGGCCAACCUUCCAAGCGCACGCGAACUGAAAGUGUUGGCGCCGAAGACAAGCCGCUUGAAUUCACCGAGGAAGACAUGGAGUACCAACUUGCGGCGAUGGGUGAAGACUACGGACUGGACCCUGGUGAAUAUGGCGAGGUUGGAGAGGAAGAUUGGGAAGAGGGCGCAGAAGGUCUCCCAUUGACUGAGGCUGAUGCCGAAGCUCUCUUCCGCGACCUGCUAGAUGAUUUCCAGAUUAAUCCAUUUACGACAUGGGAAAAUAUCAUUGAGGAGGGUCGCAUCAUCGAGGAUACGAGAUAUACUGCACCCGCGAACAUGAAAGCCCGACGAGAGAUUUUCGCCAAUUGGACCAGAGACCGCAUCCAGCUCGUGAGAGAACAAAAAGCGAAGCAACAAAAGGCUGAUCCUCGCAUUAAAUACCUGGAAUUCCUGCAAGAACACGCCACUCCAAAGCUCUACUGGCCGGAAUUCAAACGGAAAUACCGAAAAGAGCCUGAGAUGAAGGACUCCCAGCUGGGAGAUAAAGAUCGGGAGAAGUUCUAUCGUGACCACAUUUCGCGGUUGAAGCAACCCGAGAGUACUCGCAAAGCAGACCUCUCCACCUUGCUCAAAUCUGUUCCAUUGGAUUUGUUACACAGAUCCUCGAACAUUGAAGCCCUGCCGUCGGCGAUCAUUACCGACAUCCGAUACAUUGGACUUGCGCCUAAAGCGCGCGACCCGUUAAUCGAGGCAUACUUGUCUACUUUACCCCCUGCACCGGAAGUGCAAAGAUCAGCCGAGGAGAUCGAGGAGCUGGAUCGCAAGCGCGUUGAACGCGAGAAGCGCGAGAAGGCCUUGGCUGAUCGGGAGAAGCGGGUAGAGGAAGAAAAGCGCCGACAGCGAGGGGAUCUCUUGCGUGGCAAGCAUCUCCUACGUGAAGGAGAGGCCGAAGUUGAAGAGGCCAUGAGAGUCAACAAGGACGGACUCAAGAGCUACAUGGAGAUUGACGAGCCAAGAGAGGAACAGAAGCCGAGUUAA